UCAACUAGCUUUUUUCUUUCUUCACAAUGGACACAAGAAGGGUACAACAUUUUCUUAAGGGAAAGACUAUUUUAGUCACAGGAACAACGGGUUACUUAGCAAAGGUUUUAUUGGAAAAGAUACUGAGGAUCCAACCUGAGAUUAAAAAACUGUAUCUUCUUGUAAGAGCUCUAAACACUGAGUUGGCCACACGUCGUUUGCAAAAUGAGGUCAUUCAAAAAGAUUUGUUUAAAGUGCUACGAGAUAAGUGGGGUGAAGAUUUUGACUCUCUCAUAUCGGAGAAGCUAGUGGCCAUUGCAGGAGAUGUGUCUCUUGAGAAUUUGGGGCUGAAAGAUGAAAAUCUGAACAAUGAGAUGUUGGACGAGAUAGACAUCAUUGUGAAUUCUGCAGCAUCUACCAAAUUUGAUGAAAGAUUUGACAUUUCAAUGGGUGUAAAUACAAUGGGAGCAUUACAUGUCUUAAAUUUUGCAAAAAAAUGUCAUAGAAUGGAGAUUCUUGUCCACAUAUCAACUGCUUAUGUAUACGGAGAGGCUAAGGAUGGAGAAGCAAUUCUACUGGAGAAACCAUUUCAAAUGGGUCGAAGCCUAAAAGGGGCAUUAAAAUUAGACAUACAUGCAGAAAUGAAUUUGAUGGAGAAAAAAAUGGAUGAACUCCGAGCAAAAAAUGCUAGUGAAAGCACAUUCAAAUUUGCAAUGAAAGAUUAUGGAAUUGAAAGAGCAAAAUUGUAUGGUUGGCCAAACACAUACGUAUUCACAAAAGCAAUGGGGGAAAUGCUUGUUAUGCACCAUAAAGAUGAUGUGCCAUUAACAAUUAUACGACCCACCAUGGUAACCAGUACAUACAAGGAUCCCUUUCCUGGUUGGAUGGAAGGUUUAAGAACACUUGACAGCAUAAUUGUUGGCUAUGGUCAAGGGAAAAUAACUUGCUUUCCUGGUCAUCCUAAGACAAUUGUAGAUACGAUACCUGCAGACUUGGUGAUCAAUUGUGUGAUCACAGCCAUUGUCGCUCAUUCAAAUAAAGCUCCCAGAAAUUUCAUCUACCACAUUGGUUCUUCGUUAAGAAAUCCUCUCAAAUUUUCAGAUGUUCAUAAUAUUUCCUAUCACACUUUCUUGAAAACUCCGUGCAAAAAUGAAAAUGGAAAACCAAUAGUCAUUUCCAAAGGAACUUUGUUGACAAAUAUUGCUGCAUUCAACAGUUAUAUGAAAAUCCGAUAUGUCUUGCCACUACAGGUCUUAAAUUUGGUGAACAAAGUGUCGUGCCAAUUAUUCAAAGAUGUUUAUGACGUCAACAACAGAAAAAUCAAAAUGGUGAUGCGUCUAGCAGAACUAUACAAACCAUAUAUUUUUUCUAAAGUCGUCUUUGACGACACAAACACAGAAAAUUUACGAAAGGUAACAAAGGAUCAUCUUCCCGUGGAGGAUGUUGGGUUAGACUUUGACCCCAAAAGCAUUGAUUGGACUGAAUAUAUGAUGAACGCACACAUUCCUGGCCUCCUCAAGUAUGCGAUCAAAUGAUCUUCAACUUAUAGCUUUUAAAAUGACUUGAUACUAUUUUAACUUAGAGCCUGGUGUUUGAAUUAUAAAUGGCUCAAUGUGCAAGGAUGAUGGACUAUUUAUGAAUAAAG